UUGUGAGACUAUAUCACUAUCACAGUCAUGUCACUCUAUAGAAGUAUCUAGUUAUUAUUAUUAAAAGGGUCAGAAGGUGUGGGAGAGAUCAUUCUAAUAAACUUGUUUGAGCCAAUUGAGUUCAUCUCCAUGGCAGCUUACUCAGAUAAUAGUUAUAAGGAAGCCAUGGAAGAGAGCUUAUUACAACAGAGCAGUGAAGAAGAAAGAGAUGUUAUUAGGAGGAAUAAUGAGAUUGUUCUAACAUGGAAGGUGUUUUUUCAAGAAGUGAAGAGAUUGGGUUACUUAGCAGGACCACUUGCGGCAGUGGUUUCAUCUCAGUAUCUAUUACAGGUUAUUUCCAUUAUGAUGGUUGGUCACCUUGGAGAACUUGCUCUUUCCAGCUCUGCCGUAGCCAACUCUCUCUCUGUGGUCACUGGUUUGAGUGUUCUUAUGGGAAUGGCCAGUGCACUUGAGACCAUGUGUGGGCAAGCAUAUGGAGCCAAGCAAUAUAAGAAACUUGGGCUUCAUACUUACACUGCAAUAUUUUGUUUGUUCUUGGUUUGUAUUCCAUUAUCUUUGAUUUGGAUGUUCAUGGGAAAAAUACUAGUUUUCAUUGGUCAAGACCCUCUUAUUUCUCAUGAAGCUGGCAGAUUCAUAAAAUGGCUUAUUCCUGCUCUCUUUGCAUAUGCAACUCUUCAACCACUUGUUAGAUACUUUCAAACCCAAAGCAUGAUAGCUCCAAUGGUCAUGACCUCUUGUGGCAUACUUUGUUUCCAUAUUCCUCUAUGUUGGGUUUUAGUAUUCAAGUCUGGAAUGGGAAAUGUUGGAGGAGCAUUGGCCAUAAGUAUUUCUUACUGGUUAAAUGUCAUCAUACUCGGAUUCUAUGUAAAGUUUUCUCCUUCAUGUGAAAAAACUCGAGCUCCAAUUUCGAUGGAAAUAUUUCACGGGAUCAAAGACUUCUUUCGCCUGGCUAUCCCUUCUGCAAUAAUGAUCUGCCUGGAGUGGUGGUCAUUUGAGACGAUUAUUCUGAUGUCUGGGAUUCUACCAAAUCCACAGCUUGAAACUUCAGUUCUUUCUGUAUGCCUACAAACCAUCUCUACAUUAUAUUCAAUUCCAUAUGGAGUAGGUGCUGCAGUAAGUACAAGAGUUUCAAAUGAAUUGGGAGCUGGGAAUCCACAAGGAGCUAGUAUUGCAACCUUUGCUGCAAUGUUUCUGGCCAUAGCAGAGACAAGUAUAGUAGCCACAACCCUCUUCCUGUGCCGAGGCGUUUUUGGUUACACUUUCAGCAACGAAAAGGAGGUUGUGAACUAUGUCAUAGAAUUGGCUCCUCUGGUUUGUUUAUCUGUUGUACUAGACAGCAUACAAGGAGUCCUAACAGGUAUUGCUAGAGGAUGUGGGUGGCAGCACAUAGGAGCAUUCAUAAACCUUGGGUCAUUUUAUCUGUGUGGAAUUCCAAUAGCUGCCAUGUUGGGUUUUUGGGUACAAUUGAGAGGAAAGGGGCUCUGGGUUGGUAUACAAGUAGGUGCCUUUGUGCAAGUCACUUUGCUUUCUCUUGUCACUGGUUGUACAAACUGGGAAAAACAGGCAAGUAUGGCAAGGAAGAGAUUAUUUGGGGAUAGAUCAAAAAAUGACUUGGAGCAGUAGAAGAGCUGAAAAUACAAUUAUAAAAGUAUUUUUCUAUAUAUACAUUAAAAUUUAUUGCCAACUUUGAGCACAAAAUAAAAAUUUGGGAUUUUGAUUUAUAUGGAAGAAAAAAAAGCUAUAGAUCAGUUGCUUUA